UAAAGUAGCAUUGUUCUGACUAUUUAUGUAGUCAUUUAAUUUUGGUUUUAUUUAAUUGGUUAAGAUGCAUCAUGUGACUUAGGUUAGAGGUCGUGGUGGCCAUUUUAGUUUUCACUUCUCCACAGCAGUGAUGCAGCAGCAGAUGUCUCUCUGAUAAAAGAUAUAUUCUUCUGUUAUUUCAUGCCAAAGAGGCCAUCGUCUUUUCACAAAAAUGUACGUUGUGGGAAAGAAGAUUUCUAAGUAAAACACCGGAAAAGAACCUUUUUUGGUUUCGACUUUUUCUUCAACCCUCAUCCUGUUUAACUAUCUGUUGAGGUGCAACAUACUUGCAUGAGGGACAGAAUAGUGAAAAGACGAAGCUUCAAUGCAAUAGAAAGACGGAAUCUCUUCAUUCAAGCUACAGAGUCUGCUCUCAAGUGAAUGAUCUCCUCAUAUCCCAUUUCUUAAUCAAGUCUUGAACUUUGAGGUACUAUCUAUGCGUUUUAUGUCAUGGAGGGUGACAGGAAAUCUGAGACUGAGAAGAUGCUGAAAUCUAGUUCUGUUGUUACACGUUCAACAGCAUCAUCAAAAAGGUCUAGUAGGACAUCGGCUAGCAUGGCUGCUGCCAAAGCACGAGCUAGAGCUGAGGCAGAGCGUACACGUGCAUAUUAUGUCAAGAAAGAAACUGAAAUGAAAGUAGAAAAAGUUCGCAUGGAAGGCAGUCUUACAGCACUAGAACAUGAAAAGGAGGCUGCUGCCGCUAUGGCCGAGGCAAGAAUAUUAGAGGAGGCUGUAGAGAGCAUGGAGGAAGGCAGUUAUCGUUCACAUAGCCCGAUUGCUCCUGCUGCAGACCCUGUGCAGCGCACGAGUGAUUAUGUGGAGCAGCACACAAAUAACUCCAUUGUUGUUCCUCCUGAGGAAAUAAGUUUAGCCACUCCACCUGUUGAUUUCAUGAACCUUUAUGGAAGUGAAAACAAGCAGUUAAAGGAAAGCUCUCAUAGGAGUGUGCCACCUGAUUUUGUUGAACAAGUCACGAUUCAGUCUCAAAGCCUUACGUUAACAAUAUUUAAAAGCCUCAGUCUGCCACGUACAGUCCAGUUAAUUACUGGCCCCUUGCACAGACUUUCAAUUCCGGCGUUCCUAUGCAGUCACCUUCCCACGGAGAAGUUGAAAUGA